AUGGCACGAACUCUGUCCUCUCUCGCCCGCCGCGACAAUGGCCUCCUCAACGGCACCACAACCACCCUCACAAUCGUCCUCGUCGUCCUUCUAUCAAUCACCCUCCUCCUCGCCGGCGCGCUCCUCUUCCUCCGCCAGCGCAGAAAGGCCCGCCAGAUCGACGAGCUACCCGUGUACAGCGACAAGCGCUUCUCAUCCUCAUCGAUCCACUCACACCACCGUCGCAUAACAGCUCGACCUUCGCAAUCCAUCCACAUCUACCACGACAAGGAGAUCCGCGUAUCAGAAUCCUCCCGCCCGUCAUCGCCCACCGGUUCGGUACCUGAGAUCCGCAUCACCUUCCCCGAAGAGGUCGAUGGGUCGGGCAAGCGCCAGUCCGGCCGCGUGGUCGUCGUGCAUGUCGGCGACACGGGUGUUGGACUCCAGCCUGUGGAUGAGAAGCUGCCGGCUUUCCAGUCGGUCGAUUUGGAGAAGGUCGGCGGCUUGACUGAGAUGGAGAAGGAGACACGUCCGACGCGCGGCUGGGAGUGA